AAAAAAACUUCCCUAGUCCGACGCAUCCUCUUCCAGUCCAGUCUCGUCGAGGGUUUCCGGCGGCAUCUGAAAAGAGGGGUUCCCGGCGGCGAACUCCGCCGCCCUCCGACGCCCCGUUCCUCCGUCGACCGGGCAGGAAAUGGCACUGGAGCUGCCGGAGAUCCCGAGCCACCUGCUGGCCCAGAUUUUUCUCCGACUGCCGGCCCCAGAAGACAUCGCCCGCACCUCCGCCGUCUGCACCACCUUCCGCCGCCUCGUCACCGACGGCUCCUUCCUCCGCCGCUUCCGCCGCCUCCACGCCCCGCCCCUACUCGGCUUCCUCGACCUCGAAGGCUUCCACCCCGCCCUCCCGCCCCACCCCUCCGCGCCCGCCGCCAGCUCGUUCGCCGCCGCCGCCGACUUCACCUUCUCCUUCCUGCCAGCCCACUGCGGCUGGAUCGUCCAGGAAAUCCGCGACGGCCGCGUCCUCCUCGCCCGCGACCACGGAGAAGAUGCGCAUUCCCCGGUCUUCAAGGAGCUCGUGGUGUGCGACCCCUUGCACGGCCGGUACAUCGCGCUCCCCUCGGUUCCCGACGCCCUGGCCGCUUCGGUGUGCCGUCCGGCACCCGUGGUACGCAUGCCCUGGUGCGAGCCUUGCCUCGCGCCCCUCGGCGAGGACGAGGCAGCGACAGCAUUCACAGUCAUCUGCGUGGUACACUGCGAAAGCAAGCUGGCCACCUUCGUUUUCUCUUCGAGCACGGGACAAUGGCGAGCCUCCGUGUGCAAGGGUUGGCGUGAAUUGUUCCGCGGCAGGGGCGAGUCGACCGUGAAUUCACCAUCGAAUUCACCACUGGACCCUAUGUUUCUCAGACGCCAUUACGCUUAUGGAUGCUUCUACUGGGAGUCCACCAUGAUUAAAAGGAAAGAGUUACUCGUGCUUGACACCCGGAGGAUGGAGUUCUCGAUUGCUGACCUCCCAUCCAAAGGAUGGAGUACGUUCGGAGUAGCCAUUCUGGAGGCAGGGGAAGGCAAGCUUGGGUUGUUCGGUAUACGCGAUGAACCUGCAGGUGGCAAACGUGACCUCUGUUAUACCAUUAGACAAAACAAAGGCAAGAGGUCCAGUCAGUGGCAGAUGGUGAAGGCAAUCGCACUAGGUUCUGGGUGUCUGCAUAAUAUCAAAGCUUCAACAGAGAGAUUUGAUGGAGCCAUAUUGAGAUCAUUCUUAAUUCAAAUCAAUUCUGAUUCCAAUGGCGUGGAGUUCUCAGGAGAUGUUAUCACCUUAUCUACAGCACAAUCUACAUUGCUUCACCUGGUGGUGGUCGUGUCUAUUGUUUCAGUUAAUUAGUGUAACGUGUAUGUGAAUGUUUCCUGCCUGAGAGUGUCACAUUGAGGUUACCAGUGGUUAACAGUUGGCAGUGGUCAUGUCUAUGUUGUUCUUCCUAUCAUGCCGAAGAGUGUGACACUGAACUUACUUUACAUGCCUUAGUCUGGCUGUGUGUUCCAACUUCCAUUGCAAGUGACAGUGCUAAACAUGGAAAAGCAAAGUAUUUGCAGUCACAUGUUUCAAAUUUCA